GCCCCUUAAAGGGCCAUCGCCCCGCUGCUGCGCACUCACGCCUUCCAGCCCACAAUACCACACUCACGCUAUUCCUACCACUUAAAAUCCACCCCAACUUUACAAAGGGAAAUUAACCAAUCAAUACCUAACCCCAAACCCGCCACCUAUGCUUCUAAAAUACACCAUCAACAUCUUUGGCGUUUCUACUGUUCCCCAUCAGCCCUUCUUAAGGACGGAUCACAACACACAACCGCGGUUCUGCUCUCCUUCUUCAGCCCCAUUCCCCCUUUCCGGUUCCCCAACGCAGAACCAACGCCCCCCUCCCAUCCCCACAGAGGGUUGGGUUAUGGGAUGCUGCUCCUCGGGUUACAAUACAACCAACGGGCCCUUUAUUCACCCUGCGGGCUCGGGGUGUGUUUUUCACCCACCAGGACCUGCAGGUCCUUGCAGCGCUGCCCUCAGGGGCCGCUCCUCACAGCCACUGCAGGCCUCAGGCCUCAGCCCGCCGACCCGGCCUGCCCGGCCCGCUCCUCCCCACGCGCAGCCCCGCACCUCCCCCAGCUCGGCGUCUGGGUGCGUUCGGGGCCAUUUUAGGGAUAUUUUAGGGCUGUUUUGAGGAGUUUUGAGGUGUUUCGAGGCGGCCGAGCGGCGCCGCCGCCACUACGCGGCGCGGCUCAAAAUGGCGGCGGGUGAGGUGACGCGAGGCGGGGUCUCGCGAGAGCGCCCGCGGAGCGGGAAGGGAGGAAAUCCCGAGAGGUUGAGGUCGCGGCGAGCUCUCGCGAGAUGCGAGCGGUCGAAUGGGGCGGCUUGCGCAGCUCUCGCGAGAUCUGAGCGAGCAGGUCCGGCGAUGUCAUGGCGGCGCCCAUAGGGGAAGCCCCCCUCGCUGAGCCCCCCCUUAUGGAGUCCCCCGAGAUGGAGCUCCCCACGGGCCCGGACCCCCCCCAAGAGGAGGAAGCGGCCCAUGUGGAGAUGGAGGAGAUGUACCUACCCCACUAUGAGCUGAGCCGCCCCCCAAUCCUGGUGGGGGGGGCCUGGCAGGAAUUCAACCUCCGCCCCGAAAACUUCCUCAAGGGCUGCAAAUGGGCCCCCGAUGGCUCCUGUGUGCUGACGUGCAGUGAUGACAACGUGCUGCGCCUCUUUGACCUCCCUGCUGCUCUCUGUGGCCCCCCCCGCGGCCCCCAGCCUGACCUGGCGCCGGCGCUGCGGGUGCCGGGGGGCGACACCGUGUAUGACUACGCCUGGUACCCCCGCAUGGACUCCAACCUGCCGCACACCUGUCUCGCGGUGAGCAGCAGCCGGCAGAACCCGGUGCAGCUGUGGGACGCCUACGACGGCCGCAGCCGGGGAACCUUCCGGGCCCACAACCACCUGGACGAGCUGAUGUCAGCCCACUCUCUGGCCUUCUCCCCGGACGGCUCCCGGCUGCUGUGCGGCUUUGAGAGCUCCGUGCGCAUCUUCACCACCGAGCGGCCCGGCCGCAACUGCACCGUGCGCCCGCUGCGCCAUGGAGGGCAGGGUCAGAGCGGCCUGAUUGGCUGCCUGGCCGUUAGCCCCGCCCAGGAGCUGUUCUGCUGCGGUUCCUAUGGGCGCAGCCUGGGGCUGUACCCCAUGGGGGGGGGAGGCCCCGUGGCUCUGUGGCCCCACCUCCCCAUGGCCCCCACCCACCUCCGCUUCAGCCCCGACGGGGUCCUCCUUUACGCAGGAGGGCGCAAGGCGGAGCACAUCCUGUGCUGGGAUCUGCGGCGCCCGGACGCGGUGCUGAUGGCGAUGGAGCGGCGCGUGGCCACCAACCAGAGGGUGACCUUUGACCUCGACCCGAGCGGCCGUUUCCUGGUGGGGGGGGACAGCGCCGGCCGUGUGACGCUGUGGGAUACGCGGAGGGCGCCGCCGCCGCCGCCCGGGCACACAGCGCUGCCGCACCGACUGCGCUUCGCCGCGCUGCGCGACUGCGUCAACGGCGCCAGCCUUCACCCCACGCUUCCUCUCCUGGCCACCUCCUCGGGGCAGCGCGUGUUCCCGGCGCCGUGGGACAGCGAUGAGGACGGGGGGGACGACGACGGACCCCCCCGGCGUGGGGAGAACCGCCUGCAGCUCUGGUGGUGGGGGGGGGGCGGCGCCCACCGCUAUGGGGACGGCGGAGAGAGCGGUGGGGACGGCAAUGAGAUCUAUGGGGACGACAAUGAGAUCUAUGGGGGUGGUAAAGAGGUCUAUGGGAACAAUAGGGAGACCUGUGGGGACAAUGGGGGGACCUAUGGGGAUGAUGGGGGGACCUAUGGGGACAAUAAGGGAACCUAUGGGGACAAUAAGGGGACUUAUGGGGACAAUAGAGAGACUUAUGGGGAGGGCAAUGAGACCUAUGGGGACAGUGCGGGGAUCUAUGGGGACAAUAUGGAGACCUAUGGGGACAAUGGGGGGACCUAUGGGGUCAAUAGGGAGACCUAUGGGGAGGGCAAUGAGACCUAUGGGGACAAUGGGGGGACCUAUGGGGUCAAUAUGGAGACCUGUGGGGAGGGCAAUGAGACCUAUGGGGACAGUGGGGGGACCUAUGUGGACAAUAAGGGAACCUAUGGGGACAAUAAAGGGACCUAUAGGGACAGCAAUGAGACCUAUGGGGACAAUAAAGGAACCUAUGGGGAGGGCAUUGAGACCUAUGGGGACAAUGGGGGGAUCUAUGGGGACAAUAAGGGAACCUAUGGGGACAAUAGGGAGACGUAUGGGGACAGUAAAGAGACCUAUGGGGACAGCACCGUGACUUAUGGGGACAAUAGGGAGACCUAUGGGGACAGCAACAGGAUCUAUGGGGACAACGCCGUGACCCAUGGGGACAGUGAAGAGGCCUAUAGGGACAACAGCGUGACCUAUGGGGACAACACGUGACCUCCGAGGAUGUCACCCAGCCCUAUGGGGACAGCGCCACCACCUAUGGGGACAACAAUGAGACCUAUGGGGACAAUGCAGACCUAUGGGGACAAUGCAGACCUAUGGGGACACCGUAAGCUCUGAGGAUGUCACCGAGCCCUAUGGGGACAGCAGUGUGGGACAACGCCAUGAGCUAUGGGGGCAGCAGUGGGACCUAUGGGGACAAUGAGCCCUAUGGGGAUGAUGAGCCCUAUGAGGCCAACAAUGAACCCUAUGGGGCUGCCACCACAAUCUA